UGACGUUCCUCUCGUUCUCCCGACGCCAAAGCUCCUCCUCCCGGAUAUUAACAAGCACGCCUUCGCCAUAGUAGCGUUCGUACGUCGUCUAACGGUAGCACUGUCGUCGUGUUCGGUUCGCCCGGUUCGUCGCGCAGAAAUGUCCUCGAGAAAAUUCUUCGUCGGCGGAAACUGGAAAAUGAACGGCGACAAAGAGAGUUUGGGCGAGCUCGCAAUGACCUUGAACACGGCCAGUCUCGACGACGAAACAGAGGUGGUGUGUGGAGCACCGUCCAUCUAUCUCGAUUAUGCGAGGUCUAAGCUGGACCAGAGGAUCGGUGUGGCCGCCCAGAACUGCUAUAAGGUUCCCAAAGGAGCCUUCACCGGGGAGAUCAGCCCAGCGAUGAUUAAAGACUGCGGCGUCGACUGGGUGAUUCUGGGCCAUUCCGAGAGGCGUCACGUGUUUGGCGAGAGCGACGAGCUGAUUGGACAGAAGGUGGCCCACUGCCUGGAGAGCGAUUUGGGUGUGAUCGCCUGCAUUGGGGAGAAACUGGAGGAGAGAGAAGCCGGAACCACUGAGGACGUGGUGUUUGAACAGACCAAAGUCAUUGCAGACAAUGUGAAGGACUGGACUCGUGUGGUUUUAGCCUAUGAACCAGUCUGGGCCAUUGGCACUGGUAAAACAGCCACUCCUGAUCAGGCUCAGGAGGUGCACGAGAAGCUGAGAGGCUGGCUGAGAGAGAACGUGUCGGAUGCGGUGGCUGACUCGAUGCGCAUCAUCUACGGAGGCUCUGUUACUGGAGGAAACUGCAAAGAGCUGGCAUCCCAGCCUGACGUUGAUGGCUUCCUGGUUGGAGGCGCUUCCCUCAAGCCAGAGUUUGUUGACAUCAUCAAUGCCCGCUCAUAGAGAUGCUCAGCCUUUUCGUGGGUCCAAGACGACCGCACCGCCCAAUCAGUGUACACCGGCUUCUUGUCAUUCCAGCAGGUCUGAAAGUGCAUUUGUGGUCGUGUUGCUUUCGCUCACCUGCUUGUUCAGCAGUCGGGGUGGGUUAGUGGAGCGGAAUAUUAAUAUCAACUCCUUUCUCACUUAAAGUGAUAGAAGAGAGCUCGGGCAGGUUAGUUUGUUAUUUGUAACUGCUGUUGUUGUCUAUGCACUUCCAGAGCACACUACUUGAAACCUAGCACUGUAUUCUGCACGUUCAUUAACAAGACCAGCGUUGAACGCUUAACUGAGUUUGUAGUGACUUAAUGAGCACUUUAUCCUCUGUAGAAAUGACUACCUCGAUAGAAAAUAAAAAUGUAUUUGUCUCA